AUGGAGUUCGACGACGAGAUGGGUUAUGCUGAAUCCGUCAAGCAGUUCUGGGAACAAUUUAACACCAAGUAUCCGGGCAAAGUAUACACGGUGCUGCCGGACAAUCCGUACGCACGGACUCGGGCCAAGCGUGUACCCAGCGGCCGUAUCCAGGGCCACGAGGCCGUCAAAUCGUACGAGCAAGCGCGCCAGGAAUGUCAAAAGUCCGUCGAUCGUAUUGUCAAGGAAUGCGAGCGUGUGAAUCAGAAAUAUACGGACCCCCACUUCGACAUCGAGCUAGAUCUAAAGUCUGGCCGGAGGCACUAUCUCGAUGGAUUGGAUAAACCGAAUACGUUUAUGAGACCCCGAGGCGUGAAGAGAGUGACUGAAAUUUUUGAGAAUCCGCAGUUCUUCGUUGAUGGGCCUACCGCGUCAGAUGUGCGGCAGGGCUAUGAUGGCGAUUGUUGGCUUAUGGCUGCACUUUGUACCAUGGGAAAUAAGGAGGAGCUUAUCCGGAAAAUUUGUGUUGCUCGCAAUGAAGAUGCUGGGAUUUACGGAUUUGUUUUCCAUCGCGACGGCGAGUGGCAGCAGUGCAUUGUAGAUGACAAGCUAUAUCUCCGCGCUGCUGACUAUGAUGAGUCUGUGGAUGAGCGACCCCUUUGGGACGACAUAACCCGAACUGAUACGGAGGAAGAGUACCGGCGAGUGUGGCAGACGGGCUCGCGGGCCCUGUACUUUGCUCAGUGUGUCGAUGACAACGAGACCUGGCUUCCUCUUCUGGAGAAAGCCUUUGCGAAGGCCCACGGAGACUAUUCCGCGAUCGAGGGCGGAUUUGUUGGUGAAGCUCUUGAGGAUCUCACCGGAGGCGUCACAUCGGAGGUCUUGUCUAGCAAUAUCCUGAACAAGGACCGCUUUUGGACCGAGGAACUCAUGAAGGUCAACCAGGAAUUCUUGUUUGGUUGCGGGACGGGCAUGUUUUCAAACUGGUUAGAUCCCAAGUACCAGGGUCCACCUAGGGAUCGAAAGGGUAUCGCUGAGGGCCACUCCUAUUCCAUCAUGGAAGCCCGGGAGAUUGACGGACAUCGUCUUCUGCGACUGAGAAACCCAUGGGGUCGCAAAGAAUGGCACGGUGCCUGGGGUGAUGGAUCCAAAGAAUGGACGCCUGAGUGGAUGAAAGUUCUUGGCCAUCAAUUUGGCAACGAUGGUUUUUUCUGGAUCUCUUAUAAAGACCUCCUCAGGAAAUACCAGCACUUAGACCGGACUCGCCUUUUUGGGCUCGAAUGGACCAUUACCCAGCAAUGGACUACAUUGAAUGUUCCCUGGUCCGCUGAUUACCACGGCACCAAAUUCAUGAUGGAUGUGACCAAGAGUGGUCCGGUAGUCAUUGUCCUAUCGCAGCUUGAUACGCGUUAUUUCAAAGGACUAGCUGGCGAGUACAGCUUCGUGCUCAAGUUCCGCCUGCAAAAGAAGGGAGAAGAAGAUUAUCUCGUCCGCAGCCAUAGCAGCCACUUCAUGGGCCGAUCUGUCAAUGCCGAGAUUAAUCUUGACCCAGGUCACUAUCACGUCCUGAUGAAAAUCACGGCCUUCCGUCACGAAGGCGUAGACUCGACCGAGGAAAUUGUCCGCCAGGUUGCCUCGACCAGAAGAGAGAAACUGGUGCAAGUCGGCCUUUCAUAUGACCUCGCGCAUGCGAAGGGAAUGGUAGGCGAGACAGACGAAGAAAGGGCGCAGCAGGAGCGUUUCAAGGAACUUGAGCGGCGAAAACUUCGCGACGAGGUCAAGAAAAAGAUGCAGAAGAAUUGGAUCCUCAACCAGAAGAUGAAUGCCCGACAAGAGCGCAUGGAAGCAAGGCGCGGGACCCGCACCCCCAGCAGCAGGUCCUACAGUCACAACCACGAACGUGAUUCUAUCCCCAGCCAAAUCUUGACAGGGAAGUCAGUAGAAGAUUCUCCCGUCGAUGCUGCAGACGUCUCAAGUGAAACCGGUGACCACCGUAUCAACGGCUCUGUCCCAAUCAUCCACGUCAACGGCGGCCAGGGCCUGCACGCAAGACAUGCAAGCACUGGCUGGCGACGCGGGGCCGAGUCUCCACGUCCCAGUAUAGACACUCGCUUUGCUAUAGAGUCUCUAGACUCGAAUGACCUUGAGAUACUAGAAGGGUUCGAAUUCGACAGCGAUCUUGAUAUGCCUCCCGACGAGGCGGAUGUGAAGAAUCACCAUCCAUCAACGGAACGUGACGGGCCUCCUGUUGACCCGUGGAAUGCCGUCUGUGUGGUUGGCUUGCGAGUUUACUCCAAGGAUCCGCAGUUGGUUUUGCAAGUUGUGCAUCCUGUGCCAGAGGAUGAUACUGAAGCUCCUCUGGACCGAGACGACCCUGCGGCAAUUACGCGACCGAGCGCGUUGAGCUGGUCUCAGCAGGGGCAGUCUCCAGAAGGCCCAAAUGUAAUCCUCUACCUUCCCCCUGGACCUUUGCUACAGAAGAAUGGCACGAGCGCAUCUCAAAAAUAUGAAAACUCCGAAGUUGGUCACCAAAGGACUGUCGAUACCAACGUUUUGGCCUAUGCAGCAGGUUCACCCCAGCAUGUCCUGGCAUCUACUGCGUCUGCACUGGUAGUCACAGUCAACUACCGCCUCGGGGAGAUACCAACACCUAUUUUCCCGUCUUCAGAUAAAAGCUCUAUCCUACAAGAGCCAAUUGAAGUCCCAGACCAAACCCUGCAACCAAGCAACCCAGUCACCUCUUACAAAUACCCAACCCCAGUCCACGAUACCCUGGCCGGAUUCGACUGGAUCCGAAAUAACCUCCGACCAUCCCAACUAACCAUCUUCGGCACACAUGUCGGAGGCUCCCUAGCUCUCAUGCUAGCUCUAACAGAAGCGCAAUCCAUCCAAGCCGUCGCCGCCGUCGAACCCAUCUGCGACUGGCCCGGCUUAGAUGAGUACUGCACGCGCGAGAGCGCUACCACAAUGCCCAAGAACGAAGCUGGUGACAAUACCACCUCAAUCUCAAUAAUAUCCAAACACAAGCGCCAACCAAGAAAAAAGACCCCAGCACCACCAGACCUACUCCCCCUCCUCGAGGCCCGCUCAAAAUUCUUCUCAACACCAGAGCGCUGCUUCGACUCCUUCGCGUCGCCAAUCCUCUUCCUCCGCUCUGCAGGUCGGGACGUGCCUCGCACGUUCCCACAGUAUCUCACGGGGCCGGAAUACCCCAUCCCCGUGCUAAAGGAGACGCCAAGCACAACAGCCGAGCAAUAUGCUGCGGCGGAAGGGUCAAUCUGUGUGUAUCCCGAUAUAGAUGCGGACAAUGUCGAGGAUAUCAGUGCUACUGUUACGCGGCGUCGGAAGGCGCUUUCGCGCUGGCCGCCGUAUGGACUAGAUUAUGGGCUUAAUGGGGAUACGUGGUCUGAGCCUAAGGAUGGGAUUGGGCGAUUGGAGAUGACCUUGCCUUGGGUUCGGGUUUUGUUGAGAGAGGGUAGUGCUGCUUUGGCUUCUAGUUCUUUGUCUUCUGCGGUGGAGAUGAAGAAGAAGAGUAGAGACGGGGGCUCCGGGUCUACCGUUCUUGCUAGACAGGCUGAUGAGAUGGUUUCUGCUAUGCGGCGGGCUUGCUUUUGGGGGCGGGAGAAGGGGUUUGGGGAGCGAAGGGUUACUUUAGCUCGAGUAAGAAGUAUUGAUGAGAAUGGGGGAGAGGAAGUGGGUGAUUGGUUUAAGGAUGUGUUUCAGGGAACGAUGGAUGAUACAGAUUAA